GAUUGCAAAAAAGCUUGAUUAUAAGAAUAAGUCCAAACGCAAAUUUAAGGGACUUAAAUAAUCCUCAAGAAUAGCCGUACUUGUACGUAAAACUUUUUGAUACUGUUGGAAGAAAGAACAGUAUUUAAACAAAAAUUAAUCAAAAAAGAAACAAAAAUGAGGUGUGAAAUACCAAUUCCCAUACGAUGUUGUUUCUGCUUUCCUCUAAGAUAUGGUUUACUUGUUUGGGCCUACGUAAAACAGAUAUUCAGUUUACUAUUCUUAGCGUUCAUUAUUUUUAAAUUUUGUAUGGACAGCCGGAGAAUGCCUAUUGGUGGAUAUGUGGUGGUCUCAGCAACCAUCACCCUCACGAUCUUGGACAUAGUUUUUCAUGUAUUUCUGAUAAUUAGUGCACAUACAAAAAACUACAGAAUAAUGAGAAUAUUUUAUAGAUACAGUAUUGCUCUGUUGUGCGUCAAUUUGAGUGCAAUGGCUUUGUACAUCGGUGGUUGGGUAGUCUUCAUAAUAUUUUUCGAGCCAAUAUUCUUCAGACUGCUAUGGUCAAUUAUAUUGCCGGCCCUGGGUACAUCUGUUAUUAUGCUAUUAAUCCAAGGCUACUUGAUUAUUCUCGUCAGAAGUGAAUUCCUUAAACUGAAAAAUAUCUCUCAAUUUGAAUUCGUAAACAAUGCAAGUGCAAAUGCCGAAGGAAAAUGCUCUGCGAACAUUGAGUUCGAGAAAGGAAUGGAAGAAAAUGUACCUUAAGAUUCAAUAAAAACAAUUAAAAAUGAACAAAGCCA